CUUUAGGCAAUGCACGAUGUAACGGACAUUUCCGGAAAGGAACUCAGCGUUUGACUGCACCAAGCACGACCAGUACCGAGUCUUGAACUUCAACAUCCUCCACAAUGAGCAGUGCAACUUGGCGAAACUUUUUCACGUACAACAAAUAUGCCCAGAUCACUGCACGGGCUGUUCGUCAGUCGUUGAAAGAGUCGGAGCGGGUCGUAGCUGAGAAGCGAGGUACGACCGCGCUAAAAUAUCAACAAUGGGAAAAUGGUGUUGGUGGACCACAGGUACACCUCAACCCUGAGGAGGUCAAGGUUGUAAAGAAAAGCGCUGCGGUUUAGUUGAGCGUCGGCGUCUUGCUUGACUAGCGGGGGAUGCCUAAAUUCCCAUUGUGAACAUAUAUCCGAAAUAGAUUUGCAGGAGCUCUCCCCCG